AUGUCGCACGAUGCGCAACAAAAGAGCAGAUCUUUGACAUUGGUGCUCAUGGUUGCAUCUGCAGCCAUUGGAGGAACUCUCCAGUAUGGAUACAACCUGGCUAUCAUGAAUGCACCUAAUACUUUCAUACAGACCUUCAUCAAUGAGACCUUCAUGGAGCGCUGGGCCAUCCAGCUGGAGGACUACCAGGUGACUCUGGUGUGGACCAUCAUCGUCUCCAUCUUCUCACUCGGUGGUCUUGUGGGGGCUAUCAUCGCGGGGCCCAUGUCCAUUUGCUUCGGGAGGAAAAAAUGCCUGCUGCUCAACAACAUUUUCCUCCUAAGCGGUGCUCUCUUGGCUUUGACAAGUAGAGCUGCCCGAUCUGUUGAAAUGAUCAUUUUGUCACGUGUCCUGAUUGGAAUAAAUGCAGGAAUCAGCAUGAAUGUGCAACCCAUGUAUUUUGGAGAAAGUGCACCAAAGCAUCUCAGAGGGGCUGUGUCCUUGUCCUCUGCAGUUUUUACAUCCUUUGGAGUCGUAUUAGGACAAGUAGUGGGACUCAGAGAGAUAUUGGGCAGUGAACCAUGUUGGCAGUAUCUUCUUGCCAGUAACGCCAUUCCUGGCUUGAUUCAGCUCCUUACCCUGCCCUGGUUCCCAGAAAGCCCCAGAUACUUACUCAUCGACAGGGGGGACAAGGAGGCCUGCAUCAAUGCUUUACGACGGUUGCAUGGCUGUGAGGUCGAGAGCAGCGAACUGGCUGAGAUCCUCGAGGAACAAGCCGAAACCAAAGGCAUGAAGCCCUGCGGGCCAUGGGAGCUUUUCCGUGACCGCUCCGUGCGCUGGCAGCUCAUCUCCAUCAUGGUCAUCAGCAGCGCCAUGCAGCUGUGCGGCAACGACUCGAUCUACUUCUAUGCAUCCUAUGUCUUCAAAGAAGCUGGAAUAUCAAACGAGCAAAUCCAGUAUGUCACAAUCGGCACGGGCACGUGCGAGUUCACAGCCUGCAUCAUGUGUAACCUGCUGAUCGAGCGCAAAGGUCGGAGGUUCAUGCUGAUGGGAGGCUAUAUCCUCAUGACCGUCUGGGCUGUUGUCUUCACCUUUGCUUUGUCUUUUGAGCACUUAAUAUCCUGGAUGCCUUACCUGAGCAUGGCCUGCAUCUUCACCUACAUCCUCAGCUUUGGCAUGGGACCAGCUGGUGUGACUGGAGUCCUGCCCACAGAGAUCUUCAACCAAACUGCUCGGCCGGCGGCCUACAUGAUCGCCGGCUCUAUGAUGUGGCUCAAUCUCUUCGUCGUGGGAAUGAUCUUUCCAUUUCUAGUGAGCACAGCACGCCAGUAUUGUUUUGUGCCUUUCGGGACUGUGUGUCUGCUCUCUGCGCUGUAUGUUGGCCUGUUCCUGCCGGAGACCAAGGGCAAGUCGUUAUCAGCCAUCACUGGCGAAUUCCACGUGCUCAACUUUAAAAAUGAGGAAGCGCACAGUAGUCAGAUUCAGUAUCAGCUGGGCGAAGUGUGUCCAUCCACUACCUGGUGAAAUUUAGUCUAAUAGAACUUUUUUUUUUAUUUUCACUUAUGUGCACUUUGAUAGAAAAUAGCAAAAUUAUUCUGGGUUCAGAUAACUCUACUGCAGAAAUGUAUAUUUGUGUAAGUAAAAUGAUAUUGUAUGGUGGAUGGGGUGGAGGACAGGCUUUAUCAUGUUGUCGGAGCACAUUGUUUCCCCAGCAUUUGUUGAUACAUGAGAUAUGAAUUCACAGCAAACCACUCAAAAAAUAUCCAAACAGCAUCAUCUAUAAAUUGAAAUAAUGAUAAUCUUGUCUCAUUUUACUCACAAAUCUACAGCAUAGGGAAAACUGAGCUUUUGUUGUGGAAAAACUGUUCAAUUUGCAUGAAGAGCAACAGGGUAUUUGUACAUUCUGCCCUCUAGUGGAUGAACAUUGAAUUGUUUUGCUUUCUUGACAUCACUGGUCGAUAGGUAGGUAAAAUAAUAACUUAUGUAUUUAGACCGUGUCCACCCUCACAAAUUGCAUCUACGGUAUAAAUGUCCACACACUAUCCGUUUCAAUGAUGACUGAAUAUCAUGAUCUUUUUAAAUAUGUUUAUCUCGGCUGUUCUGCUUUGUGUUUUAAACAAAGGCCAAUCAAAUAUUUUGCGUUAUACUUGUAUUUGUAUGAGACGGCCUCUGCAUAGUAACAAGUUGUAUUUUUUUUUCAUGUAGUUAAUUCAAAUUGCGUGU